AGUCCUAAACUAACAACACGGCAAACCCAAAAAAAAAACUUCUCCAUCUCCGAUUCUGAAGGGCAGAACCUAAACCCGAAUCCGAAAUGGACCCGACCCAGAAACCCGACCCGGUUCACGACAUAGUCAUCCUCGGGGCAUCUGGCUUCACCGGCAAGUACGUCGUGCGAGAAGCCCUCAAGUUCCUCGACGAGCCGUCGUCUCCCCUGAAGAGCCUGGCUUUGGCGGGUCGAAACCCGGCCCGGUUGACCCGAUCCCUCGAAUGGGCCUCUCGCCCGAACCCACCUCCCUCCGUCGCCAUCUUAACCGCCGACACCUCCGACCCGGAAUCCCUCCGCCGUCUCUGUCGUCAAACAAAGCUCAUCCUCGACUGUGUGGGACCCUUCCGCCUCCAUGGCGAGCCCGUCGUCGCCGCCUGCGCCGAAUCUGGGUGUGAUUACUUGGACAUAAGUGGUGAAUCUGAGUUCAUGGAGACAAUGGAGGCAAAGUUCCAUGAAACAGCCAAAGAGACCGGCUCCUUGAUCGUUUCUGCAUGUGGGUUCGAUUCAGUGCCUGCAGAAUUAGGGUUUCUCUUCAAUUCCAAACAGUGGGAGCCCCCUUCUGUUCCUAACCGGAUCGAAGCAUAUCUCAGGUUGGAAUCCGACAAAAGGAUCGCCGGAAAUUUCGGGACUUACGAAUCUGCUGUCUUAAGUGUAGCCAACAUAGCAAAGCUACAAGAACUUCGACGUUCAAGACCUAGAAGGCCAAUGCCAGUGAUUGUCGGUCCUCCUCCAGCUAAAGGGUCGGUGAUAGAAAACCAGAAGGAGAUUGGUCUUUGGGCGGUGACGCUACCUUCUGCAGAUGCAAUGGUCAUUCACAGAACCCUCACAACUCUGACAGAGAACCCGACUGGACUUCCCGGGCUAAACGAGAGUCCUGAUCAGAUUCAAAACCGCGCGUUCUGGUCAGCCAUCAGGCCUGCUCAUUUCGUGUUAAAGACAACGUCUCGAUCUGUCUUUGGAAUAUUCCGGUACAUCACCCUGGGGUUAUCCCUCGCACUACUCGGAAAAUUCUCCCUCGGGAGAUGGCUCCUCCUGAAAUUCCCGUCGGUUUUCAGCCUCGGAUGGUUCCGGAAAAAGGGUCCGAGCGAGGAAGAAGUGGAGAGAACUAGGUUUAAGAUGUGGUUCGUGGGCCAUGGCUAUAGCGAUGAGAAUCUUGUUUCCGAAGGGGAGACGAAACCCGACAUGGAGAUCGUAACGAGGAUGAUGGGGCCCGAGAUCGGGUACAUAACCACGCCGAUAAUACUGGUUCAAUGUGGACUGAUCGUGUUAAGCCAACGAGAAAGCUUAGUGAAAGGAGGAGUUUACACUCCGGGCAUCGUCUUUGGUCCGACCGAUCUCCAGCAACGGCUCGAACAGAACGGCUUAACGUUUGAUGUGGUUUCGAAGAAGAAGCUUCAUGACUGACAAUGGGAAGAAGAUGAAACUGUUUGUUUCGCGCAAUCUAAUAGUCCUUUGUAUAUUUAUAAAAAAAUAAUUGAAAUAUUUAUAUUUUAAAAGUUUCGGAAAAUUCGUAACACAUUUUAAAAUC